UUUGUUUCAUACUUCAUCACUGCAUAUGUAUGCAUAUUGUACUGUAGUUCCCUUAAUCAAUCAUUUAAGUUAUUGUUGGUCAUUUACAAAUUUAAUUUUAUCACUACAAUAAUCAUAUUUUACACUUCCUUUUGCCAACAUCUAUAAAUUCAGAUCAAACCCACAAAAAUUACAAUAAGUUAGAGAAGAAAAACAUAAAUGGGUUGGAGAGGAUUUUUGGGUAUUGAAUAUGGGAUUAUACAGGCACCAUUAGGACCCGAUAUUUCCUCGCCGGAGCUUGUUGCUGCUGUUUCUAACGCCGGCGGACUUGGGUUUCUCAGAGCUCCCGAUUGGGAGUCACCUGAUUAUCUAAGGGGAUUGAUAAGAAAAACAAGAACCUUAACUGAUAAACCCUUUGGAGUUGGUAUUAUUCUGGCAUUUCCUCAUGAGCAGAAUUUAAAAGCUGUAUUAGAUGAAAAAGUUGCAUUUUUGCAAGUUUAUUGGGGUGAUUGUUCGGAGGAGCUUGUUUUUCAGGCUCAUCAGGCUGGUGUCAAGGUUGUUCCUCAAAUUGGGAGUAUCGAAGAUGCGAAAAAGGCAAUCAGCGUUGGUGUGGAUGCAAUCAUUGUCCAAGGACGUGAAGCUGGGGGCCAUGUAAUUGGUCAGGAGGGCCUAAUUUCAUUGUUGCCAAGAGUAAUAGAUCUUGUUGGUGAUCGUGAUAUCCCUGUAAUUGCAGCAGGCGGUAUCGUAGAUGCGCGUGGCUAUGUUGCUGCUCUGGCCCUCGGUGCUAAAGGUGUCUGCCUGGGAACUAGGUUUCUUGCGACCGAGGAAAGCUAUGCUCAUCCGAUUUACAAGAGGAAGUUGAUUGAGCUACACAAUACGGAGUAUACAAAUGUGUUUGGUCGCGCUAGAUGGCCUAAUGCGCCUCAACGUGCUCUAGUAACUCCAUUCCUUAACGAUUGGAAACAUCUUCCAGCCCAUGAAAAUGAGGCUAACCAACCUAUUAUUGGCCGAUCUGUGAUACACGGGCAGGAGAAAGAGAUUCGUCGAUUUGCAGGUACAGUUCCGAAUGUAACUACUACCGGUGACAUAGAAACCAUGGCAAUGUAUGCUGGUCAAGGAGUCGGACUCAUAGAUGAAAUUCUACCUGCCGGUGAAGUAGUUAAAAGGCUAGUUGAAGGAGCUCAACGACUGAUCAAGCAAGAGUUCAGCUAGCCAAUUAGCUUGUUUCAUGAUUUUGCAAAUUAUUCAGAGUUUGAAAUCUUAUCAUAAUAAAGGAAGUGCACAAAAAAUGUUUCAAGUACAUAACAGCCUUGUUGGUACUUUACUGAUUUAAUUACUUGUAAAUGAGCUUGGUUGCGUA